GCACAAAGGAAGAAAGGAAGAGGCCGAACGCCACCAACUGUUAGCCGACCUGGACUGAGAGGUGACACCGUGCUGGGAGAGUGUCGUCUGCUGCCCGUAGCUGCUCGUUAAAUCGAUAGGAGAUCAAACAAUGCACACGUCCGGCUCUUUUGCUUGGACGCGGGGGCUCGUUUAACGAAAGGAUCAAAUGAAAGAGGGUGGAAAUGGAACUUGACCCAACCAGUCAAGUAGAGUCACCAUUUUCUUCGUCAUAAUGGGUUGGAUGGGUUCCUUGUAUGCAUGACUUGUUUUGAGCGGCCUGAUGGGAAGACACUGUGGAUAGUCCUUUCGUCGGGAAACAAGGAGAGUCAUCCCAUGCCCCCGCUUCGGAGGGCCUGUCAGUAUGAAGAAGAUAAGCCUUAAGACCAUCCGCAAGUCCCUCAGCAUAAAGGGCAAAGAGGAUGGCAACUUCGUCAUGCUCCAGCAGCCCUCGGUGACCGCCGAGUUUUCAAAGGAAGAGUCGCUUUUUGGCGGCUGUUAUACCAAAGACCUGUCGGGCUGUGAUCUUGGCAGCGAAGACGACAAGAGUGGGCAAAAUAAGGGUCGUUCAAAAAGCGAGGGGAUUAUGGGAUCUCUGAAGAGAAGGCUGUCUGCCAAGCAGAAGGCGAAGGGGAAAGGUGGCUCUUCGACUAUUGGCUCAGUGGAUGAUGAUGACACCUUCUCUUCAUCCUCUGCCCCGAUUAGCUUCAAUGAGGUGAAAGCCCAAAGGCCUCUAAGAUCUGCGUCACUACACAGUCACCAUUACAGCCCCUCGCCCUGGCCGUUUCGACCAGUCAACUCUGAGGAUGCUUGUAUCAAGAUGGAGGUAAAGGUGAAAGCCAUGGUUCAUUCUCCUAGUCCAAGUCCCAAUCUCAACGGCGUCCGCAAAGACUAUCAUGAUCUACAGAUGGAAGGGCUUUUCCAUGACCAAGCAGAGUCCCUAAAAAACGGUGAGCUGCACCUGAACAUUGAUGAAAAUGAUGUGCCUGUGGUGCUGGGGCUAACGCCUCAGGACUAUAUUCAGUACACAAUGCCUUUAGACGAGGGAAUAUACCCAGAAGGAUCACAUUCUUGCUGCUUAGACACCUUGUCUCCUAUGGAGGUGGUGGCCGAGGCCGACACUAGGUCUAUACUUGCCGACCAGGGUCAAGAGGAUCACGAACUGGAUAAUGGAUUGUCACCAGACUUGUUUAUGGACACUUCAGUGAAUAGUCUUCUCAUCAGUUCUGCCAGUUUGAUGCUCCACAGCUCGAGGGUAGACAUCCCGCCACCUCUCACUCCGCCCUUGCCACCUUCAGGAAGCCAUGGACAUAUCCCGAGGACUUUUUCAGGGUUCAGCUCAUCAGACAGCCAGGUUGCUGAGAGAGUAAGACAUCACCUCAACUUUGACCCCAAUUCAGCUCCUGGGGUAAGCCGGGUUUAUGACUCCGUCCAGAGUAGCGGUCCUAUGGUGGUGACCAGCCUGACUGAGGAGCUAAAGAAACUAGCGAGGCAGGGCUGGUACUGGGGCCCCAUCACCCGUUCGGAGGCGGAGGAGAAGCUGGUGAACUUGGCGGAUGGUUCAUUCCUAGUUAGAGACAGUUCGGACGACAGGUACCUGCUCAGCCUCAGUUUCAGGUCACAGGGGAAAACCCUUCACACCCGCAUUGAACACUCGAAUGGACGCUUCAGCUUCUACGAGCAGCCAGACGUGGAGGGACACACGUCCAUAGUUGAGCUCAUUGAACACUCCAUCAAAGACUCAGAGAAUGGAGCUUUCUGUUAUUCCAGGUCUCGAAUAGCAGGAUCUGCAACCUACCCCGUCAGACUCACCAACCCAGUGUCUCGGUUUAUGCAAGUGCGCUCUCUGCAGUACCUCUGUCGCUUUGUCAUCAGACAGUACACAAGAAUAGACCUUAUCCAGAAACUGCCCUUACCCAACAAGAUGAAAGAUUACCUGCAGGAGAAGCACUACUGAGGACACGUGUGGGACAGCGGUGACAUUUUUGCACUUUUGUCUUCUGUUAAGAGAUUUAAUCAAGGUUUACACACUAGAAUGGUGGCGGUUGUUUCCAUGCGACAGUGUUGGGAUUCAGUUUGGAUCUGCAGCUGUUCGUCAUACACCGGCAGAUGUAACCUAUUCCAUUAUUUAGCCGACGAAUAAAACCCACCGGUGUUUUUAUUCAAUGCACUCUUGAGACACUCAAUUCGAGCCUUUGCCGCCUCCAGGAAUGAUUGGAUAUCAUUGUCUUUUUCCAUUACGUGCUUCGAAAGGCAGUUGUUUACAUGAAAAAGUGGGGCGUCAUACUCCACCAUUCUGCACAUCAAAUCUGUUUGUGAUUAUGAAAGAAAUGUGGAACUAUGGUUUCAAAAAUGUUGAUUUGACAUUGGCAAUCGAAAUUGUGUUGUUUGCAGAAACCGUAAUGUCAAUCAUAGUGAUGGCAAUUGUGUUUCAGGAUGAUCUGUACGCAGGUACAGGUCCGACAGGUUCAUAAAGGAUACACCGUCUUUAGCUCUUUUUAAUGCACAGGAUUUUUUUCUUCACAAUUAUAAGAAUCUAGAGGAGAAAUGCCAGUCAUUUAUUUAUGAUGCUCCAUGUUAUUCUGUUGCGAAAACCGUUUCUAAUGAAGAUCUGAUGCAACUUCCCCCGGAAAAUGCUUUCUUCACAUUUUUCAUGGUGCAAUCGUACUUGCGAUGACCUGCAUGGGCUUUGAUGUGCAAAAUGAGUGGAGUUGAGUCUUAAGCUCUCCAGCUGAAUCUUUUAAUUCAAUAAUGAAUGUCCAAAAUAUAGCUUGGAGGUCUGUAAUAUCCCAGCCACACCAGGAAUUCUUUGGUUUGUCCUCUACAGCUCGAUAGGUUCUGAUAAAAUGACAGAAUUGACAUCUCGGCUCAAAACAUUUUUAUUGUAACACCAUUUGAAUACGUCUUUUCUUUGAACUAGUCCACACAGCUGACCAAGUUUCUUUGUCCAGAUGUGCCCAAGAAAUUCUACUGUGGCUACUAAGUUUUGAGCCAAAUCACCUAUCUCAUGUCUGAAUACAGUGGUACUAAUAAUGCUGGAGAUUCACUCUGUGCUUUGGGAGAAGCGGCAAAUAUUCCUCUUUGUACUUUUCUGUUAAGCAACGGGAAUGUAACACAAACUGCACAAUUGCGGGCCAAUUCCAGACAAAGGCAAACUCCUCAAGACUUCGAUCUGCAUGUAAUGGCAGCUUCUAUAUUAAAGGCUUAGUUGCCAAGUGUAGAUGGGAUGAGAAGUUGUGACGCCAUGCGAAUAUAAACAAGCUGCAAUAAGAUUGAAUCAUGACCUAGCACUGGCUGUUUUUGUCACCCAUUAUCAGCGAUUAACCUGACUCCGACCGAUUAAGUGAAAAAAGUUGUCUUUGCAUCGAGGCGGGGUUUGAACAUCAGCCUAGAAAGAGCUGCAUGGCCGAUUGUUAGUCGAAAGGAGAGCAACGUUAUUGUCUCUGCUGAGCUGCAUUACGUCCCAACUUGCUGUUUGAACCAGAGCUAAGGGAAGAGCACACAGUUUGCUACGCAAGUGCUUUAUUAUAACCUGACAGGGAAUUGUUUCUAUGAAUGAGCUUCUUUUGACAUCCAUGACCUUAAAAGUAUUCAAAACAAAUUGUUGGUUAGGCUGCGGGAGCAUAUAUGUAGUUUUGGUUGACUGAAGUUGACAAAGCUAAAGGUAGAUUUCAAAUGAUGUUGCAUGUUUUAAAGUCUUAGAAGCAUUUAAAGCUUUGAGUUGUAUAGGAAUGAAGGAUCUAGAUAGUGUUUGGCAGUGUAGGGGGGGAUGGUUUUUUUUCCAAACAAACAUUGGUUGAAGAUAUACAAGAUAUGUACUGUUAUCCAUCAGGAGCUCUUCGAGGGAGGAGGCGUGUUCGCUUGUUUCAGGCAUCAGUUCCCAGCAGUUUCAGAUGAAAAUGAGUUGCUCAUGAAUGUUCGGGUGAUAUACAUGGAUGUGUACCUGCCUUCACUUGCCCCCCUCCAUGUAUUUUACAGUUUCACAUUUGUUCUUUAGCUCUUCAUUUUCUGUUUAGAUGGAGUCUAUCAUGUUUUUGUGUUGUGACAUCAGUGGGCUCGAGUGCACGGCACCAGCAUUGUUUCAAAGCCUGCGCUUUGCUCAUGGGCUCUCCAAGGAAUAGGAUCACAGCCAGAAUGUGGAUGUAAAUUUGAUUUUACUUUUCGUUUGCAUGCGUGUUAUUUUCAGUUCAAAUGUGAAAGUUUUGUCAUUCAGUGUUUCCUUUGUGUUUUUUUUGUUUUCAAAAGAAAUUCUUCAUGCAAUUUUUUGACAAGCUGGAACUUCCAUACUUUGCUUCAACGUUUUUUUUUUUUUUCUUUAAUUCUACUGGUGAAACACGAAAAUGUCUCGGUGAAGCAUCUCCACGAGUAAACAUGAGUUAUUACGAGCUGAUGUUUGGCCCUCACGGAAACAUCCUGGUACAGAUCGGAAGACUAUUUUAUUUGAAAUGUGUUAGGACACAUUUGUGCUGCUUACGGAUAUGAUUGCCUUUUCUUGUGUUUAACAACAGGGAAACAGAAUGUCACCAAUUUAGAAGUACAAAAACACUGACUUCAGUUUUCAUCUUGGGAGAGAAGUAGCUUGAGCUACUUCGUCAGAUGGAGAGCAUCGUAGCGGUAAUUUCCCCCCCGUAGAAUAACUGGUUCAGGCCAGUUCUCAUUGGUUGUCAAUUUUCCGAAAUUGUCUUUUGUAUAUUUUCUCUUCAAAUCAACAGUGAUUUAUUGCACAUUUUGGAUACAGUCUGAAAGGUUUUUGUAUCUGCCGAUUAAUAA